ACCCUUAUUUCGUAGCAGUUUUCGAUGGCCAUGUUUUUGUACGCCUCACACCGUCUAGUGGACACAUUUCCCGUCUAUUAGCUCGCGGAUGACCUCAUUAGCCGGGCUGGAGAAGGUCAAGUGGCAGAGUGAAACAUGGAGGGAGGGCUGGCGGAGCCCGGGAGCGGCGGGCUGUCGGGUGUGUCGGUGCUGGAGGCCGUCGGCUUGGCUCGGCAGCAGUCGGUCCCUCUCGUCAAGAUCGUCACCUCCACCGCCCGACACCCGCUCAGUGACGUCAUUACCCGACACCCGCUCAAUGACGUCAUUACCGGGCCCCUCCGUGACGUCAUCGCCAGACCACUCCGCGACGUCACGCUUCACGCCGAUGAUGUCACCUUGUCGCAUGAUGACGCUAAGGAAAGCUGCACUACAACCUCCACCCGUCAUGUGACACCAUCCACCACCACUUCUUCACUUGGAGAAAGCAAAGCAACGACAACCUUUCAUAUAGAACCUGACUGGCGUGAAGCAGCACGAGAACCAGUUCUCAUAGUUAGAUGCAAGAAAACCAUUGCAGAACUUGUUAAGAGCAAGUUCGGAUCUGGGUCUCGUGGGAAGUGUAUUCGACUAGGGAAGCUAUGGUAUACACCAACUGAGUUUGAGGCACACUGUGGAAGAUCAGCUAGUAAAGACUGGAAGAGAAGCAUUAGGUUCCAGGGUCAAAGUUUACUGACCCUAAUAGAAGAUGGUUUUCUUCAGGUUCAUGCUACGUCAUGUUCUUGUGGUGCUUGUCUGGAUGAUGAUGCUGCUGCUGGUUCAGUUCGUUUACAUCGUCCAUACAAACGGAAAAGAAGAGAUAGAUUCUUUUUGGAUACCGAGAAAGCCCUCAAGCAUAGUGUAUCAGAAGACCAUGGCUCAGCUACACCAACAGUGACUGUACCAGUGUCAGGUCUAGGAGAGUUGACUGUGGUACCUGGUAUUGUGCUAGGCAGUGGAACCCCAUCAUCUGCAGGAAGCUUAACUACUACACCACAGGCUACUUCUUCCAUUGCCAAUCCUGCAAACAGCCCUUCUCCUGGAACCCUUGCUAACCUACCACUGGAUAAAGCCUGGGAACACAUGAAUGAGGUUCUGGUUGGUUUGGAGCGGAGUGUGUCAGGAGCAAGAGUACUUCUUGAAGAGCUUAGGGAAAGAACACAACAAGAGACCUUUGAUUUGCGGCAGAAACUUUUGGAAGAGAAAGAUGAAGCUGUGACACAAGCCAAAUUUGAAGCUCAGCUAUCUAACAUGGCCAAAUCAUCAGAGGGUUUUCUUGUCCAAGUAAGGGAAGAUGAUGGCAGUCAGUCCUUGCAGCCAAUUAUGCUAGAUUCUUUGAUCUCCAAUGUACCCAGCCUCAAUCCAGCUCCUCCUAUCAACGGUGUCCGUAAAAAAUGUGUCAACUGCAAUCGUGAGAGCGAGUUAGAAUGUUCAAGCUGUCAUAACCGGGCUUACUGUAGUGACUUCUGCCAAAGACGAGACUGGGCCAAUCAUCAGAACGAGUGCGGCCGAUCAAGUCCUACUUCAGAAGAUACACUAAACACUGUUACACAGGCUCCUGGCUACAUUUUUAUGCUCUCGGAUUAAAUAUAAAUUAUUUAGUGUACAGUACUGUUAUAAAGUUUUUGUAUUUUGUUUACACAUUAAUAAUAUACAUCUUGAAAUAUUAAUUGUGUAUAUAGCAUUAUUUAUUAUUAACCCCGAAAAAAAGCAGUCAUCAUUAUUUGUUGAUCCAGGCCACAGCAGUCGUCAUUUGCCAAUUAUUCUCCAUUUUAUAAUUAUAUUAUUAUUAUUAUUACCAUUAUUGCACAAUGAAAUCACAUUAAUGUGAUGUAUUGAUGAGUAAGAAAAUCGGUAAGAGCCUCAUGGCUCCUAUUCAUUUUCUCAUUACUAGUAUUGUACAGUAUUCUCAUUUUUGUGGUGCAUAGUGUGGCCUCUUGAGUUCCUUUCCCUUCAAACUUUUGAAGUGUGCAGUAGUUCCUCUCUGUUGAAUGACCUUCCAGACAACAAUGGGGAAGUCAGCUCUGUAUAGGUGGCUUCACUUAUACAUCCUUCCCAGGAGAGGAAGGAAAAGGGUGGGGCUUUUUACUUUCAGCUUGUUUGCUUGACCCUUCAUUUCUCCGAGGGUCUCAGGAACACUCUUGAUACCUCUUCUUCCCCCCCCCCCCCCUUCCCCACUGAACCCCCUGUUGUUUGCACAAGAGACAACAGUGAAAUCUCUUUACAGUCAGGUUCCUCUGACAGGUGUCCAUCACACAAGUUGAAAUAAAAAAAUGUAAAAUUCAAGCAUAGAACUUGAAAAAAAUUGAGGUAUGAAAGGUUUAUUUCAAUGCUUUACAAUGACCGACAAAAUUUUUAGUGAUUUUCAUAGAUGAAUACAACACAGAAAUAGUUAGUGUUUUUGAAAUGACACUGAGCAUAUUUAAAAUAAAAUGAUAUGGUUCACUUUAAUUUUGACCCUUCCAAAAUAUCGUCCUUGACUUAAGUCCAUUACAUCUAGCGGUCGACCCCACAGACGCAUUCAUAGAUCUUAACAUGCUGUUCAUUCAAAACAGGAAUUUUCUCUCAUAUAAAUUAAUAUUAUAAUAUACAGUAAGAGGGCUAUGGCGAUGUCUGUCUGGAACCCUUAGGUGCGGGACUGGGACGUCCACCUCCUGGGGCUCAUGCUGUCCAGGCUCAGCUUCAGGAAGCUGGGGUCAUUCUUACUCUUGCUGGGGUUGUUCUUAUCCUGCCCUGACCACGGCGGUCUCCGGGUUUGGAGUCCAUGUGCCUUCUUUCACCAACUUCGAUGUCAACUCCAAAGCUCACAGUUCCUGCGACAGCGUUGGAACCAAUCGUAUUGGCAUUUGCCUUUCUUU